UCCUAAAAGCAACGCUGCAUCCGCGUAUUGUGUAAGACUGAAGCGGAAAGUGAUUGGUUGUUGGAAAAAAUCGAAAACGUAACAUUAUAGAACAUUUAAUAAAACAACAAACGUAUUGGAAAUUAAAUACUUUCGUAUUUUCAAGUGCGAAAAGUCAAAGUUAAGAAAGUUACGAUUCAAAACACCAUUCAACAUUGAUAUAUGAAUGUAUGUGUGCAUUUUUGCACCACCCACGCACACAGUUGAAGAAGCCACAAACGACAGGCUGUCUUUGGCGAACGUGCUUGCGAAAAAAUCGAUAUUUAUUGAAUUUAUUCACGUAAAUUAUAAAUAAAAUGCAAAACAUGUGGAAAGUGCAGGACAAAGUGAAAUUUUAGCAUAAAGCUAAUUAGAUUAACUUUAAGUGACCGAUAAACGAAAGCUUUACACUCUAUUUACUCCGUUUGCGUAUUUGGGGAGCGCAGUUGUGCAGUCUUCAUCUAUAUCUUCUCCAUUUAAAGCUGUUGCGUGGAAUUGGUUUUCUUUUUUGAAGAAAUCGACAGAUUUUGUUGCGAUGGCGGAAGCUGUGCGCGCUCCUGUGGAUCCAGCAAAGGACAUGCAGCAACCAAGUGAUAGCUCUGAUGUUGUUGACGCUAGCAGUGGCGCAAUCUUGCGUAACACAAAGCAAACGACAGCCUUACCGCUGGCUCAGCAGGCGAACGAACAAGUUAAUAGUGAGCAAUUGUAUUUAACAACAACAUCGACAGCAACGGUCGGCGCUAAUGGUGACUCGGCCACGGCAACAGUCACAGAUAUGUCUUCGCUGUCGGCGACGUCAACGACUGCUGCGUCGGCAGCGCUGCCAUUGGCCGUACAUUACUUGGCUAGCUUCCAUCAGAUUUGUGUGGUGACGGCACUGCUUCCACUGGUGACGCUGUUCAUCUGCUUCGUCACCGCGUACGUCUUCCAAUAUGAUGAUGUGCACGAAACGCAUUGCCGUGUCUACAACAUUGUACCAUCGAUAAGUGCCAUUACCGGCGUUAGCCCACAACGCUACUUCUGGCGCCUGAGUAUUGCCUUACACAUUGGACCGCGCUUGCCCAUUGCCUUCGUGUAUAAGAACUUUUACCGCAGCAUGUUGGCCAAUUUGCAGCAACGUCGGCCGCAUCUGGUGCCGAAGGCCGAUUUGAUGAUAACCUUAAUCUUAAUUUUGAAUCUUAUCGAAAUUUCGUCGUUGGGCGGUGUGACCUACAUUUCGAAUAGGGAGAAUUAUCCGAUUCACGAGAAAAUCUUCAUCACAUUUAUGGUUUGCUCACUUUGCUACAUGUUGGCCACGAUUAAACUGCAUGGCAUGCUCUUCGAGGAUGAAAGCAAACUCUUGCCCAUACAGCGCGAGUCUAUCAAAUGGAAGAGAAUACUCUUCAUUACCUCCAUUGUGAGCACCGUCGGCCUGUUGGUAUUCUUUGCCAAGCAUCGUUUCUACUGUCAUGAUUUGGCCUUCAGUUGGUUCGCCUUCUUCGAGUAUGUGAUCGCCAUUGCGAAUAUGCUGUUCCACUUCACCAUCAUUUGGGACUUUCCAUCGCAAUUUAUGCUCAUCGUGCAGGGACCGAAGGAGAAAAUCGAGGAACUUUUCAAGCGCGCAUGCGCAAAGUAUGAUUAAACGCAAACUUACACACACACAUACAUGCAUGCAUACUUAAGGUGAAAUAGUAUGCAUGUGUGUGUGCAACACUCGUUGUGACUUGAGUGGCGACCGUUAACAGUCGCGCAUAAAUCAAUUUUAAUUUGAUUUAAUUGUGAAUUGUGAAAGACACAUGAGAAACCUCGAAGCGCGCUUCCAUUGUCAACUCAUACGCAUAUUUUACUAUUUAGUUUUCACUACUUUACGAAAAGUACUCAUAAAUACACACACACAUACUUAUAUAUACACUGAGUGAAGGUAAAAGUCUCCUAAUAGCGGUUUGCGUAAGCCAUAGUUAAAUCCAUUUUAAACCAAACAAAUGUAUAUCUACAUACAUACAUAUGUAUUUAUACAUAUAUACAACUGUAUUACAUACAUACAUAAAUGCGUAUGUAUUUACAGCCAAUUUUAUUUAGUUUUUAAAAAAUAAGUUUUAAUGCAAUAAUUUAGUUUUCUGUUAAAUACAUGUGUAGCCGUAGUUUUACGCUAGUUUCGUGAGAUUUUUAACGUAACGCAACGACACGAGUUUUAAAUGCACUUACAUAACUUACUAUGUAGCGAAAAUACGCUGUUAAGCAAAUACUUGAAAUACUCAAAUACCUUUUGACUUGUAACUCCUUGGCAUUAAGUCAUUAUUAUGUACAUAUAUACACGAAAUUGAGAACCAAAAGCAAAAACAAAAAGGCAAACCUCAAAUAUUGCACACAGUUCAGAAUUUUGCAACUUAUUUACUCAAAAAAAAAGUUAUAUAAAACAAAUUUAGCAAUAAUUUUAUUCAAGCAAUGGCAAAGCAAGCGCUGUUCAAGGCUUAUACUAGUUUUGUUUAGUAUUGCAUUAAGAUUUUCGAGUGCUUACAUUUGCAUUAAUAAAGAAAUUUAGCAAAAAGUUCACAUAAAAUAUAUAAAUAUGUUCACAAACAUUCAU